GAGGGGGAGGAGGAGUAACCGGACACCGACUCACAGAGCGGCUCCUGGCCGCUCAGAGCGCAUCGGAGCCCGGCGGCAGCAGCAACGAGCAGCGGGGCGACGAGCAGAGUCACACCGAGGAACAACAGCUGAGGGACGGCGGAGCUGAGGCGGAGGCUCCGGUCCUCCCUGCCGGACUUUAACUGCUAUUAACCCGCUUUCACCUCGCUCUCCCGCCGGUCUGCCGCUCGCUGUGGGGAAAUAACGGAGUUACCGUGAAAGUGGGUGAAGUAGCGUCAUUAGUCCGCCGCCGGCAGCCUGACAGCCGCCAGCAUGAAGAAGAACAACUCCGGGAAACGGGGUCCGCAGGACUCCGCGCAGCAGCACGCUCAGCCCGAUAAGGUCGGCUGGAUCCGGAAGUUCUGCGGGAAAGGGAUCUUCAGAGAGAUCUGGAAGAACCGGUUCGUGGUUCUGAGGGGAGAUCAGCUGUUCAUCUGUGAGAAAGAGGUGAAGGAGCUGGGUCGGGCCGACGAGGUGUUGGACCUGUCGGACUACGAGCGCUGUGAGGAGAUCAGGAAGAACAAGAGUCGCAGCAAAAAGAACCACAGCAAGUUCAGACUGCAGCGCUGCAGCGCGCCGGGCAACACGGUUCCUAACCUGGUCUUCCUGGCUGUCAGUCCGGAGGAGAAAGAGUCCUGGAUCAGUGUGCUGAACGCCGCCAUCACACGAGCCAAAAACAGGAUCCUGGACGAGGUGACAGUGGAAGACUCUCAGCUGGCUCACCUGACCCGGGACCGAGUGAAGAUUCCUCACAACCGCCGACUGCCGACCAGAGGUCACCUGCUGGCUGUGGCCUCCACCUCCUCCUCAGACGGGAUGCUGACUCUGGAUCUGAUCCAGGAGGAGGACGCUCUGUCUCCUCAGGGAGCCGACGGCUGCGACACCUUCAGGGUCGACUUGGACAAGUCCCACCUCAGCCCGGACUGUCCCAGGUCCAAAACUGACGGCGCUCUCUCUGCCAGGACCGCAGAGGCUUCUGAGAAAUCCCAGAGCCUUCCCCGCGGGGUGGCGGUGGUGUGGGAGCAGACGGGCCCCGCCCAAACCCCCCAGCCUGGAAAUCGCCUGACGACGGCGGAGAAAAACCGCUGCGCCUCAAUGGACGAGAUCCUGACGCACUCAGAGAUUAAAGCUGCAAAGAACAAGACGACGUCCCGUUCACCAGCGUCCACGCCGAGUGGCAUAUCGGCGCCCGUCAGCCAGCUGCAGGAGCUGAUCAGCCAGAAGCUGGAGAAGACGGAGCGGCUGCUGACGGAGGUGCGGGGGGAGGCCGAGGAGCGAGGGAAGAUGAAGGGGAAGGAGUCGACUGAAGGAGCGCGAGCUGAAGCUGAGAGACUCCUGAAGGAGGCGACGGCGGCCUGGAGCCAGGCCCAGGAGGUGCUGGAGGAGGUGAAGGAGCUGAGGGUGUUGUACCAACAGCUGGACUCCUCCGCCCCCAUCACCCCCUCCAACGGCACCAAACUAAACCCGGACCGCAAGAGCCCGAUGUGAGCCACAUGGUACUAACUUGUUCUGGUACGAACUGGUUCAGAUCGUUCCAGUCCAGGUAAAGCCACGAAGCUGAACACAGCGUCUGCUUCUGCUUCUGCUUGCUGGACUUCAGACGAAGCUGCUGAGAACUGGAUCAACCACUUUUAAAUUAUUUGGGAAAAUUCAGGUUUUGAUUUUCAGGACUGUCCUGCUGACUGAUGCAACUCAGUGCUCAGGUACACGAAGCGUCUUCAGUAAACAUCUUCCUCACAAAACCAGAAUGUAGCAUAAAUUUAACUUAAACACUUUUCCAGGUUUUGAAAAUCCCUUAAAGUCUCUUUUUCAUUACACAAUGAAACCUUUGGUACCUUUAAAGAAAACUUAUCUGAUGUCUCUCAUCAAAGUGAAUGAAAAUGUGCCAAGACGAGAGUUCAGAGACGAGAAAAACUCUGUGGAUACUUGAUCUUGUCUGUCAUUUCUGUCCACAUCCAUCACUUUGGAUCCUUUUGAUUUUGCUUUAUGAAUAUUCAUGUAACACUUGUUGGAGAUGUGUUGAAAUCUAAACAAGAUUAACUUUUAUGCAGCUGGACAUGAAGAUGAGACAGUUGCCGGUACGAAGGAGGGGAAAUAUUGUAUGAAGGUGAACUGUAAUAACUCUGCUGAUCCUCCGACUUUCCAUCUAGCGCCACCAUCAGGUUGACAUGUUAACGCGUCCGACACUUUGGUUUCUGACAGAAUACCUGCAGAGCUGCUGGCAUUCCCAUCAGCCUCAGCUGCACUCUGUGUUUACUGCUAACUGGCUAAUGUUAGCAUGCUAACACCUUAAAAUAAGAUGGUGAACUUGGUAAAAAAUUAUACCUGCUAAACAUCAGCAUGUUAGCAUUGUCAUUGUGAGCAAGUUAGCAUGCUAGCAUUUAGUUCAGUACAGAGCUGCUAGCAUGACUGGUUUCAUUCUUCACACACGUUCUUGUUACUUUUCACGUGAGACCGUAUGAAGGUCCUGUUCAGGUCGAGUUUUGCUAGAAAAGAGCUAGUUUGUGAAGGCGUUCAUGGUGUUAUACGUCGUACGAACUACUUUGUUUGAAAUUUAAAACCUACACGGCUGGGGAACCCAAGCACAUACUAUGCACGCUGAGUGAAGAAGCUACAGCAUCUUCCAUUCUCCAAACCGUCCGGAGCCAGUUCACCUCGGACACUUCUUCUUUCUGAAUGUGAAUGUUUUCUGAGAAACACUGGAGGCUGCAGGAGGCAACGAUGAACCAACAGCCUCCAGUCGCAGCUGGAAACUCAGCGACUCAGGCAGAAAUGUUUGACAAGAACUGCACUGAUUCUCACAAUGUUUGAAUCCAACCCUCACAAAACCUAAAACAUACUUGAGUAGACCCAACAACACCAUAUCUCAGAGUCUUUGAUUGUUCGUCUCUACAGACCAGGACCAGCUGCACUCUGCUCGAGCUGCUAACAAAGCUAACAAUUACACAAAAACUAAAUCUAAAACUAAAGAACAAGUCAAACCGAAACUUUGAUUAACAGAAGUCAUAAUUAGAAUGAAAACGAUGAAAAUAAGAAAAACAACUGGCUAACAAGCAUGAUAGUGCAGUUAUCAACAAGAGGGGAAAGUUACGCUAAGUUUAGCUGACUCAUCAUGGACAAACUCAUAGCUGUUGGUGGAAAGCUGUUUUCUGUCAUUCUUACCUUGAACCUCUGUAGCUGAUGAGCUAAGCAAGCUAACGUUAAUUAGCUGGCAUUAGCUAACUAAUGCUGAUAUAGCAUCCUGGCUACAGGAAACAGGAUGCUGCUAUCUUGCUGUUAUACUAGCUAGCUAGAGUUUUUAAAAUAUCAGUUAACAUGCAGUGAGCUAAUGCUAAUCUUUUUAGGGCUGCAGCUAAUGAUUAUUUUCAGUUAAUCCCAAUUAGUCCCAAUACAUUUAAUAAUCAUUUAGUUUAAAAUGAAAAUUGUUAAACCCCAAACUUCCCAGAGGUCACAUCUUUAGCUCAAGUUUUUGUUUUACUAAUAGUUUCACUAAACUGUUACUGUCGUGUCACAGUUUGUGGGUUAAGGAAGGUUAGCUAACAUUUAACUAGCUAAGAAGGGGUACCUUGUUACCAGCUAAACUUCAGGAGGUGAGACUGACUUGGUUCCAGCUGAGACAUGUUUAGUGAAGUGGGAUCAACAACAUGUUCAUAAAGUAGAAGCUACGUGAUAGCUUUGAAGCGCUAACAUCAGCUAGCAAGCUAAUUUUAGCUGACUCAUCAUGUACAAAUUCAUAGUCUGGGUGAUUGUUUAAAGCUGUUUUCAGUCAUUCCCAACACCCUGAACCUGUCUAGCUGAUGAGCUAAGGGAGCUAAUAGCUGGAGAGCUAACAUUAAUUACUGAUGUUAGCUAGCUAAUGUUGAUAUAGCAUCCUGGCUACAGGAAACCAUACCGCUGUAGUGCUGCUACUGAGGUUUUAAUAAAUGUCAGUGAACCUGCGCUGAGCUAAUGCUAAACUGUUGAGGGCUGCUACUAACAAUUAUUUUCACUGUUGAUUAAAGUUUUACAUAAUAUCUUAAUUUUUUACUUGCUAACGCAUCGUUUGUUUAACCACCACUAUUUUUUAUUUUUCUGGAAAUAAGCCUCCAAAACGUCCCGAUCCUGUUGAGAGGAACAAUCACGAAACUCGCUGAAGAUAAAGAGACAAACGUCGUGUAACUGGAUGAAAUGAACUGGAAAACGCGACUGUAAUUAAAUUUCUUAUUGACCUUCUAGCGAAGUCACGCGGCUGCUGAUGGACAGAUGUUAAACUGGAAUCAAACAUUUGCACUGAAACAUCCUGACACUCGACCACACGUGCAGUUUAAUACAAUCAGAGUUUUACGGAGAAAAGUUUAUUUUUUUAAACAAGAUUCAGACUUUUGUACUUUAGUUGUUGCUGGCUGGACUUGAACUGGUUUCUGUGCUGUGUUGGGAGACGAAGUGUGACGGAGCAAUAAGAAAGUAAAGGACAUCACACCGAAGACGAUGUGAAGGGACAAACAAACCCAAAUCUCCGCCUGCUUUUAUUGAUUUAACCAGAUUCACCGACAUCAAGAACUCAAUCUGAAUUUGUAAUGAAAGAAAACACAAACAGAAGAUUAUUUUUAAAGUCUAGAGUUUUUUUUGUAAAUUUGCAUUUUAAAAGUUAAAUAACUCACAACGUGUCGUCGUGUUUCUGCUCAUAUGUAAAAAGUUAAACGUGCCUGCGGUGUUUUUGACCUCUGUUGGCGCUGUUUCCAAUGCGAGCGGCAUCAAUCGAAGAAAUGUUGAACUGUAACUUUAAACACGAAGCGUUCAGAGAAGAAAACUCUCAGAUGUCGGUGAAUUUGGUGAACUGAGGCUCAGGUUUGGUCUCGGGCCGGUUUCGUCAGACCCGGCAGGUUUUGGGACUACUCCUUUGUCUCCUGCUAACGAACACGUUAACGUUCAACACGUCUUCCUGUUUUAAUCGUUUGAUCUUCCCUGUUUGUUUUAUUAAAUGAUGUUUCUGUGUCACCGAGCAGCUGCUGUAGCCUUAAACCCAGAGGGGAUGAUGGGAGAUGUAGUCCAGUAGUGAUGUAAAGCUGGCGCUGUGAGUCCUGAUCAGUUCAUGUGCUAAAAUAAAACCUGCAAGCUGAACCUGGA